AUGUCGGCUACUACAACACGCGUGGACUUGGGCAACCCCACAACACCUCCCACCCUUUCGGUACCAUCAGAAGCUGCGGUGGACAACAAAGCCAGGGAAGAAUCGUGUGUUCAAUGUGCGUCGCCUUAUGCCACUUAUGUUUCUAUAGAUUAUAUGCAGCGUCUGUGGCUACUGCGCAGCGUGAGCCGUACCCUUUUAGCUCCCUUGGAUCGUAUCAAAUUUGUAAUGCAGACCCAAAAGGAGCUGAUAAGGCAUGGUACACUCGCCCGAGAGUUUUACAGCACGUGGGAGUGCGUGCGAUACCUUUCAGUGGUAGAGGGCAAGCGAAGCUUUUGGCGCGGGAAUCUUAUUCAAGUAGUUGCAAUACUUCCGAUUGCUCUCGCACAGUUAUUUAUCGCUGCUCCAAUAGAGGGGCUCAUUUUCGAAAGCUUUCCGAUGCACUCUGCCCUUUCCUGUACAGUAGCAAGCUAUGCAUCCAUGCUGGGAGGGGCUCUCGCCUUGUGCCUUAUUAGUUACCCCCUAGAUUUUGCGCGCUUUCGUCUCGCUGUAGACAUCAAAACAUGCAGAGAGUCGCCGUACGCCUUCAAGCAUAGCCUGGCCUUCUUCUCGCAGCCUGUUCUGAGCGAGUUCACGCCGUAUCUCUACAGGGGCCUUACGCUCUACGUCUCGGGCAGCUUUGUAUACAAGGCUGUGUACAACGUUCUCAUCAACCUGGUGCUCCCCUACAUGCCGCCGGACAGGGACGCCAGCUGGUGGCCGAUCCUCGUGCAAACCGCGACGAGCAUCACUGUCGCCGGUGUUGCGACGUUAUGCUUGCAUCCGAUAGAUCUUGUCCGGCACCGCUUGAUGAUCGCGGUGACCUCCGACCGGCUACGGUAUCCAUCAGCUAUGAGCUGUGUUAGGCGAAUCGCGCAAAAAGAAGGACUGCGUGGGUUUUACCGUGGAGGUACAAUAACCCUAGUGAGGUUUAUGGCAGCAAUGGGAUUAGUGUUCGCUAAGCUGCCUCUUUGA